GAGACAUGGCCAGCACCACCUUACCUGGCUACCCGCCUCAUGUCCCCCCCACAGGACAAGGCAGCUACCCCACCUCCACACUCGCUGGAAUGGUUCCUGGAGGGGACUUUUCUGGAAACCCAUACUCUCAUCCACAAUACACCACUUACAAUGAAGCGUGGCGGUUCAGCAAUCCAGCAUUACUAAGUUCCCCUUAUUAUUAUAGUGCCGCAUCCCGUGGCUCCGCACCUCCCACUGCUGCCACUGCCUAUGACCGCCACUAGUUACCAUGGAGACCAGCUCAAACUGCAGGGCCAGGGCUUCGGCCUCCAUAUCGUCCCCGUCUGAGAUACACUGAGGUCAAAGGGAAGCCAGGUGGAAAGGAAACCCCCGUGAUGUUAUGUGAUGUAGAGGAAGGAUCGGCGAAGCCGGUAGCCCAGCUUCAG